CGCAAUAAAUUUAAAAUUUCUUUGUGAACCUAGCGUGCAUAUGUACAAAAACAGCCUACCUCUACAAGUUGAUGAUGGGAGUAGCCUGAAUACUUUGAUAAUGGAUGGUGGAAAUGAACAAGUGAAUGAGCCCCUAAAAAUCACCCCUUUGAAGACUCUUAUUGAUACAACAAAGCCCGGGACAUAUUGGAUUCUCGGUGAGAUUUCAUAUCUUGAAAAUACACCUGAUUGGUGUUACUUGGGGUGCACCGAAUGCAGCAAGAAGAUUGGAUCAAACAACCCAAGUUCUAGCCAAGGCGAGACGACUUCACGGAGGAAGAUGGAUGCUAUUGAUGGGAAUGAUCCGGUUAAGAGACAACUUCUUGACGAGCUAUCAACUACAUCUUGCAAGAAGAAGGUGAAAAGGGAGCAUUUGGAAGAAUGAAGGAUUGGAAAGCUGUACUGAUUCAAACCCAUUAGGAAGGACAUUGACUUUGUCCAGUUAUCCUAUGUGGUUUAGACAAUUUCUCAAGUAUUUGUGGCAAAUCCAGUUUUUAAUCUGGAUAUUAUGUUAUGUUGUUUUUUAUAUUUUGUUAUAAUGGGGCAUUUCCAGAUGUUCAUUUGGAAAUUUUCUUAUAUGUGCUUCAGUCGGAUAUUAAUAUAUUUGUUGUGUUUUG